AUGGAUUGUGAUGGAAAGUGCAACAAGAGAGCAGAGCAACAAAGUCCCUGGCCACAUCAAGAAAAGGCAAAGCUUCUAAGAAAUCAGCCUACCCAAAUUGUGGAACCCAAAGGGCUUCUGUAUGUCCAGCAGAGAGAAUUUGCAGUGACCACUCCUAAUGAUGGUUCUGUGUCUAUUCUUGGGUCAGAUGAUGCAACUACCUGCCACCUAAUUGUGCUCCGACACACAGGCAGCGGAGCCACCUGCUUGACACACUGUGAUGGAUCAGACACAGAAGCAGAGGUGUCGCUCAUCAUGAGUUCAGUAAAAUCUUUCUCUAACACCACAGGUUACGGAAGGCUGGAAGUGCACCUAGUUGGAGGUUUCAAUGAUGAUAGGCAGUUAUCACAAAAACUUACUAAUCAACUUCUUAGAGCAUUUGAUCUCCAACCAGAUGAUGUUCAUUUAGUGACUUUCUGUGUAACAGAACUAAAUGACAGAGAAGAGAAGGAUAUUCAUUUUCCAAUCAUUUAUGGAAUAGCUGUGAAUGUAAAAACAGCAGAGAUAUUCCCUGCAACUUUUCCUGAAAAAGGGCCAGAUGAGGAUUUGCGUUCAGCCCAUGUUUUAACAGGAGCAAGACUGACAAACAUUUAUGAUGCAAAGACUGAACAACUACACAUUGGACCUUAUUUCUGGAGGCCUUUCCCACAUGUGGAUUUCUGGUUAGAACAAGAUGAUCAACAGAUUCUACAGAAUCUUUCCACAUCGCCUUUGGCUGAGCCACCCCACUUUGUUUCCCACAUUCGUUCUACAUUAACGUUUUUAAAAGCACAUCCAUUUCCGUCUCAUUCCCUGUUUCCUGAUAGAAAACCUCGCAUAUACAAAAAAAAUGAAGAAGGGUUGUGGGAACUGGUUUGUUCUGACAAGGACUAACUUGGAACCCAACAUCAGCUGCUUUAGGGAAGCAUAGCAGUGCCAGAAGAACAGCAAGUUGUUGUAAAAAGCAUGCUGCUGGUCAUGGACAGUAGUGUUCCUAUGCUUUUCAAAAUAAAACAUUUCAACAGAA